AUGGUUCAACUCACCGAGGUCGAGGACGAGCACUUUCAGUCCGGCCAGAAUGGCCCCAUCGAGGAUGAUGCCGACUACACCGACACCGACUCCGAGAUCUCUGCCGACAGCGACUACGACCCCCGUGACGAGUCCUUCGCUGAGCGCCUCUACGCUUUGAAGGAUAUUGUCCCUCCGACCACCCGCGGCUGGAUCAGCAACAAGGUCGAUCUCGGCGUCAGCGCCGUCCAGAACACGUGGUACUACGGCUCCCGCACCGUCUGGGUCGUCUGCGCCACUGCCCUGAUGAUCGGCGUCCCCCUGGCCACCUGCUGGGCCGAGGACCAGCAGAUCGAGGGUAUGGAGCGCGAAUAUCGCAUGCGCGAGAUGGGCGGCGACGCGCUCCUCGCCGCCGGCGAGAGCAAGGACGGCAGCACCGCCGACCAGAUUGGCAUCGCCCUCGACCGCGCUGAGGCCAAGCCCGCUCUGUAA